GUCCAAGCCAAUCAGAAGCGCUCUGGAUUCAUGGCAGCUAUCUGGGGCACAGGGCCAGCACGUCUAGCCAGCUCGAAGUGCCACGACUUCACAGCAGACCACGGAUUCUCCAGCGGAGUGAGGGAAGAACAUUGGGAAGGAAAAAAAAGCUAGUUAGCUAGAUAAAUAGUUAGCCUUCCACAGGAGUCAUUUCAGCAUACAGUUCCAAGUCAAAGCCGGGUUCCCCUCUCCGUUUCCUUGAAGCGAGCAGCAGCCACAUCACAAGGUCAACUGAAAUUGAACAAUGGAUAUCUAUGACCCCCAGACCCUUGGGAUAAUGGUAUUUGGUGGAUUCAUGGUGAUCUCUGCUCUCGGGAUUGCUCUUGUCUCCACCUUCUCCAUGAAGGAGACCUCUUAUGAGGAAGCCCUGGCUAAACAACGCAGAGAGCUGGGUAAGAUACAGACCACUCGCUCUGACAAAAAGAAGAAGGACAAAGUAUCUGAGAAGAAGGGCCGUGGAAAGAAAAGAGAGGAAAAGCCCAAUGGACAAAUCCCAGAGUCUGAAGAAAUUCAAGAGGAAGUUGAAGCUGAGACAGUCAUUGAGUCUGCUGCUGCCCCAGCUGUAGCUGCUGCUCCUGCCCCUGAACCUGUCGCUGAUUUAGAUGUUAAGCCAACUGCAGCACCAGCUGGCGCCGAGCUAAAGAAUGCCGCUCAACCAAGCCCUGCUCUCUCUGAGCCCUCACCUGCACCCUCACCAAAAGAGAAAAAGAAGAAGAAGGUGGCUAAAGUCGAGCCGGCCUCUUUCCAAACAGCCCCACUUGUGGCUGCCACUGCACCUGUCAAGUCCUCCACAGUACCUGCUUCAACCCAGGCCCCCAUGUCUGCCCCGACUAAAGCAACCGCUCCAUCCUCUGAGUCUGCCCCUGCGCCAGCCAAGUCUGCCCCUGCGCCAGCCAAGUCUGCCCCUGCGCCAGCCAAGUCUGCCCCUGCACCAGCCAAGUCUGCCCCUGCGCCAGCCAAGUCUGCCCCUGCGCCAACCAAGUCUGCCCCAGCGCCAGCCAAGUCUGCCCCUGCACCAACCAAGUCUGCCCCAGCUCCAGCCAAGUCUGCCCCUGCUCCAGCCAAGUCUGCCCCAGCUCCAGCCAAGUCUGCCCCAGCUCCAGCCAAGUCUGCCCCAGCGCCAGCCAAGUCUGCCCCUGCGCCAGCCAAGUCUGCCCCUGCGCCAGCCAAGUCUGCUGCAGCCCCAGCCAAGUCUUCACCUGCUUUAUCUAAGAGUGCCCCAGUGCUGGAAGCUGUCACUAAAGAUGUCCCUGUGAUGGCAGUGCCCCCAGUUGGCUCUCAGCAGACCCCUGCUGUUGCAGGAAAAGUACAGGAGCCCAAGAAGAAGGCCUCUAAGAAAAAGACUGAGCCUGUGGCAGCAGUGGAUUCUGCUGAUGCUCCUCUGUACCUGCCCUACAAGGCUCUGGUGUCGACCAUCAGUAGCAUGGUGUUCAGUGAGGUCGAGGCUCAUAGGCUCAUCGAGAUCCUGUCUGAGAAAGUUGGCAUCAUCCAGGACACCUGGCACAAGGCCACUCAGAAAGGAGACCCAGUGGCCAUGCUGAAGAAACAACUGGAGGAGAGGGAGAAGCAGCUGGCGGCAGAGCAAGAGGAUGCUUCUGCGGCAAAGAAUCGCCUCAGGGAACUCACCAAGGAGCUGUCUGCUGAGAAGUCGAAGGUGGCCAGUGUGGAGACAAGGCUGAGUUCCCAGUUGAGUAAGAGGGAGCAAGAAAUGAUUGCUCUGCAAGCACGCAUGCAGGCUAGUUACCAGGACCAUGUGGCACAGACCCAGGGCUUCAAUGCUAAGAUUGUCAGCCUGCAGGACCAGUUGGAAAAAGGCCCCAAUGCCCAGCUGGCCCGUCUACAGCAGGAGAACUCCAUUCUUCGCGACGCCCUCAACCAAGCCACUAGUCAGGCUGAGAGCAAGCAAAAUGCUGAGCUGGCCAAGCUACGUCAGGAAUGCACAAAGUUAACCAAGGAACUUGGAGAGAAGACAGAGGGUCUGCUUGCUGAUGAGCACAUCAGGAAAGGGCUAGAAGCCAAGCUGUCGGCUACAGAGAAGCAGCUCUCCCUGCUGCAGGCCAGUCAUGGGGAGAGUGAGCAGGCGUUGCAGAGGAGAAUGGAGGAGGUGUGCGAGGAGCUCAGGGCAACACAGAGUCAAAACGGCAGUCUGCAGGCCACUUUGGACAAUACCCAGCAGGACAGCAGCGCACUCUCAGAGUAUCAAGUGCGUAUUGGGAGAUUGGAGGCUGAUAUCAGUGAGCGCUCUGCUCAGGUGGAUGCCCUCACUGCACAGCUAGAGGAGAUACAGACAGAGAAAAGCCAGCUUGUACAGCAGGUGGCCUCCAUCAACUCCCUGCUAGAAGCCAAUCAGACCAAAAAGGAGGAUCAUAACGACCAGGUGCAUGCUGCAGAAGUGGAAGAGCUAAAGCUCAGUCUUCAAGAGAGAACCAACCAGUUGAACACAUUUCAAGAGGAACUGAAGCAACUGCAGUUGAAGCAGGAAGCUGCUGACAACACUAUUGUGGAGCUAGAGGAAAGAAAUAAAAGUGAGGAUGUCACUCUUAUCACAUCGCUUCAGGAUGAACUUAAAAACCUCAAGGAAGAGUUUGAGCAACUUAACAACACACCACAGUCAGACACCUCCACAGAGCUGGGACUGCUACAGAGAAGCCUGACUGAGAAGGAUGUCCUUGUCACAUCACUACAAGAGGAGCUGAGAGAAGUGGGAGAAAAGAUGGCCACCGAUGCACAGAGUGUUACGGCAGAACUGACAGCUUUUCAAAGUGAAACCAAAGAAACUCUCCAGACACUAUUCCCACAGAUACCCGUAGAGAUGGAGCAGUCCAACUGGUUACAAGUAUUUACGCAGAAGGCUCAGGAAAAUCUCAGCCAGCAGAGCCAGGAGUCUGGGUCAAGUACAGUGUUGCCUGAGUUGCUUGGGAAAUUGAAGGAGGCUGAGGAGAGCCAUGGCUCACUGCAGGCUGAAUGUGAACAGUACCGGAUAGUCCUGGCUGAAACGGAAGGAAUGCUAAAACAUCUGCAGAAGAGUGUGGAGGAAGAAGAGGUGGUAUGGAAGUCCAAGAUGACUAACUCUGAGGAACAGCUGAGUGUGGCUUUGGAGAAGGUCAGCAAGCUGGAGGCAGAAAACCAAAGUGUAGAAAAGUUGAAGGAGCAGAUGAUGCUUCUGGAAGCCCAGCUGGAGAAGCAGUCAGACCACCAGGAGACCUCAGAGGAGAUGGAGCAGGAACAUGCGCAGGUGAAGCUGCAGCUUUUGGAGUGUCAGAGCCAGCUGGAUUUGGCCCAAAAGGAGGCCCAGGCACACAAGGAGGAGCUUUCACAGGUCAGAGAGCAGCUGGGCGAGAUCACGAUGCAGGCUCAGCGAGAACAGAAUGGCCCAGCUGAGGCUCAACCCAGUCAGUUCCAGAACGAGCUGAGUCAGACAACUGAGAAGCUGCACGGGGAGGUAGCUCAGAGACAGCAGCUUUCAGAAGAGUUUGAGCAGGCCCAGAAGACAAUAACAGAACUUCAGGCUCAGUUGGAUCUUCUAAACGUUUCUGCGGGGUCACCACAAGCUGACACAGAAGAUGUUCCACAGCUCCAGGAGCGCCUGGAGAAGGAGAAGAAGCUGUCCAAAGAUCUGGGCCAGGCGGCCACCAAGCUGCAGCAGCUACUCAAAGCCACCCAGGAACAGCUGACCAAAGAGAGAGACACAGUGAGAACACUUCAGAAGCACCUGGAAGGAAAGGAGGAAUACGUAGAGCUGAAGGAAGGAACAUCCGUCUGAGAGGAAGUUUACUGCAGACACUACAAAGAAAAACUACCAAAUAUGCCUUAUGAUUACCAUAGUUAUGCAUUCCAAACUAUUUCUUUCUUGUACUGUAGUUGAUUGCAUUUGUUGCAACUGUAGGAAUCAAAUGUUUGAUAUUAUGAACUUUUUAUUUAGGCAAGAUUAGAGGAGAUGAUCUACUACAAUCUUUAUUGAAACCCACAUUCCAUCACCAAUUCUGGCUAUGUCAGAAGUUAUUUAUCCCCCUGCCUUUAUAUUCCAGACAUUUACCCAUAGUUCAGUGUUAAAAAGGGAAACAGAUUGUACGUCAAACGUACAUCAACCUGUGCAAUUACUUUGUAUGUCUUUUCUAUGUGAUUGAAUGAUGGGAACAUUUUAUGGUUCAAUGUUUCAUUCCCUUUAGGGCCUGCUUUCCUCUGUAGCUGGCUGCCAAUUACACACAUCGAAUUUGUAUGAAUGAAUAAACUACAGUGUAGCUCUGUCA